CCGAGGAGGGGGCGUGGCUUAUCGCGGAGCGGCGCCGAUGGCGGAGCGGCGCGUGUCGCGCUGGUACUUCGGCGGCCUCGCUUCGUGCGGUGCCGCUUGCUGCACCCACCCGUUGGAUCUGCUCAAGGUCCACCUGCAGACGCAGCAGGAGGUGAAGAUGCGGAUGAUGGGGAUGGCGAUGCGUGUGAUCCGCACCGACGGCUUCCUGGCUCUCUACAACGGGCUCAGCGCCUCGCUGUGCCGGCAGAUGACGUAUUCCUUGACUCGCUUCGCCAUCUACGAGAGCGUGAGGGACCGCCUGGGCCAGGGCAGCCAGGGGCCUCCCCCCUUCUACCAGAAAGUGCUGCUGGGUGCAGUGGGAGGUUUCACCGGCGGGUUCGUGGGGACGCCGGCAGACAUGGUGAACGUCAGGAUGCAGAACGACGUGAAGCAGCCUCCCGCCCUGCGGCGCAACUAUUCCCAUGCCCUGGACGGCAUGUACCGCGUCCUCCGGGAAGAGGGCUUGAAGAAACUCUUUUCGGGAGCUACAAUGGCAUCCAGCCGAGGGGCCCUGGUCACCAUUGGGCAGCUCUCCUGUUACGACCAGGCCAAGCAGCUGGUUCUCGCGACUGGGUUGCUGUCAGACAACAUCUUCACUCACUUCCUGGCCAGCUUCAUCGCUGGCGGAUGCGCCACAUUCCUGUGCCAGCCCCUGGAUGUGCUCAAGACCCGCCUCAUGAACUCCCAGGGCGAGUACCGGGGUGUUACCCACUGUGCCAUGGAAACUGCCAAGCUCGGGCCCCUCGCCUUCUACAAGGGCUUCGUUCCUGCUGCCAUCCGGCUCAUUCCUCACACCGUCCUCACCUUUGUCUUCCUGGAGCAGCUGCGCAAAUACUUUGGGAUCAAAGUGAUCACCUGAGUAGGAGGGACGGGUCCCUGCCUCGCCCCAGGGGGGUGAGCGUGGGGGUCACCGCUGAGAUCCCAGAACCCCUCUCCGCUGUCUGGGGCCAGCGCCGCUCCCCCUACCCCUCGUCCCCACUCCUGUGCCUUGCCAGUGCCUGUGGCCAGCCAGUCCCGGUCUCCCCUUUCCUCUCUCACCCCCAUUCUCAGCAUCUCUGUUACCUCUGGGAUAUUCUUGGGCCUCUUGUCCCCUCU